AUGGCGUUUUUGCUUAAGUACUACACUUUUUCGGCGAAAAUCCGUACGUUGUCCGAGUUCCAAGUACGACUCUCCACCAAUCAGCAACCUCCCAGCAAUGCCGAGAUCAUCACCACACUUCGUUACUUCCACCAAACUCUUAUUGGGUUUCUGAAAGAUUUUCCACAAGGACAAACACAUUUCUGUGAGAAAUUCUCCUCUGAUCCAACAAGAUGGAAUCUGUAUCCGAACCUAAACUAUUCUGGUCUUUUCUAUGCGGUAGUGAAUCUGCUCGACGUGUUUCCACUCAUCACCACGGGCCAAAUGGCCAUUGGAGAAGCAAUACUGGAUACACUGAAAGCAUUGAUGAUGUUCCUGGAUCGAGACUCGUUGGAGCAACUGCCGCUCCUCCUCGCUAGCAAUAUUGGUGUUUUUCCGACGGAGCUAGACAAGCAGAUAGUUCACCUGCUGGCCGAUGCUGUGCUGCCCUUCUCGAUCACAGAUGAGACCCUGAUCAAGUUAUCAGUCCCUGGGGUUCUAAUGCUUGUACUGCAGCAAGCGAAUGAUCCUAGUCUCCAUACCUGGAUUAUGGAAGGAGCAAUGAGCAGCAGUCCGAAUAUAUAUGAAGAUUUAGUUCAGGUUAUUGCUAAAGGGACCUCAGAGUCACGAGUUGCUGCUGCAAACCUCCUUCUACACUACUGGCCGUUUCCAAAUCCAUAUAUUAUUCACAGGAAAACGAUCCAGUACAAAGUGCAUGCUUGGCAGAGGAUUACAUGCCAAUCCACGACGUGUUCAGAAAAGGGACCAAGUGUAAAAUCCUGCUAUGACCCAGUUGUCUGCGCUGAUGUAGCGGACACUUCACCGCCAGUGUUUCUAUGUCGAAGAUGUGCGGAUAAUGUGAUCGGCGAACGAAAAGUCCCGAUGAAGAACCUCACGCAACCGAUGCAAGCGAGCAGUGCAACUUGUCAGAAUAAGGAUUGUCAAUCACAAUCGCGACUCGCUGUUGGAAUAUGUUUUUCUCACGAUUGCACAAGAGCACAUAAUUUUGUGCCGAUGAGAUUGUGCCAGGAAUGCUUCAAUGCUCUUCAUGCCAACACGGAGACACCCCACUUGGUUCAUCGAGGUUCAGGAUGUGUAUGGGGACAGGACAUAAUGUGGGGAACAGUGGAAGCGAUAGUGAAAUUGCUUCGAGAGACAGCACAGUUUGAAGGAACGGAAGGAGAAGGGAAGCGUCCAAAAUGGCUUCGUCAAUUGGAAGGUGGUCAUUCGCUUGGCAAAGAAAUCGACACAAUGGCGGACGAACGUCGUAUGUUAAGCAGAUUCGGUGUAUGGAUGAUGGCAGCAUUGUGUCCGCCUAACCAGAACGCUGAUCAACAAGCAAUUUCUUACAUCAUGUACAACGUGUUCCAAUGGUUCGCUACAACUGCUCUGUUGCCGAAUGACAGUAUGGGAGCGAGUCUUGAGCAGUUGAAAACAGAUUUCGUCUGCGAUUGGAUCAACAUGGCGAUCAGAAUUCAUUACGAUGUUUUUAUCACAGCUCUCAUACCUGAUCCUGAAGAGGAGGGCAGAUAUUUUGAACAGACUAAGGAAGGUCUUGGAAGACUGCUCGCGCUUAUGCCCUAUGAUGUUAUUUCGUUGGAGACGUGGAGUCGAGUAAUGUCUAAAUGGUUGCAGUUGAUCUACGAGAAAUGCAAUGAAGAACAGCAGCAGGAGUUGAAAAUUCUACUAUGUAAGAUCUUCGAGCCUGACUUAUGCCCACUUCCCUUCGAAACUCCAAUGGUGUUCGAUUUUGUGAGUCGAAGGCUGGCCGGUGAAGAUUACGUUGAACUGUUUAACGCGCUCCAAUGGCUGCAUUUGCUGUCAAGGCUGGAAAUAUCGAUCCCACUGGAUAUGCUACUGGAGAAGUUCAGCAUAGCUCUGACUGGGCUCUCUGCCAUGGAGAUUCCAAAACUGGGACAAAACGACUUGGAGGAGGAUGAUGUCUCUAUACACAUCGUUAUCAUUGACAUACUUGUGCUUCAGCUUCGUCUGAACGAAAUCGCCGUUCACGAGCAGUCAUCGUUAACCGAGAAGCUGUUCGAUUGUGUUUCGCUUCUGCUCAGUGUCCCUCUUCGUACGACACCUCAUGAGUGCAAAAAUCCGGAACUGGACGGAUUUGCAGACUGUUCGGCUUGUCAACAAGCUGCUUUUCUGCAUCAGAUGAUAAUGAACAUGACUGAAAAUGUAUCGCCGAAGCAGGAAAUGGCUAUUCAAGCCACUGAGGAUGAACCAAUCGACAACUUCGACAUUACAUCAUCCGGCACAUCCUAUCCUAGUUCCGCUCUCUCUCCACAGACUGCGCCAGGGAGCAAAGGAGCUUCUCCUGCCACAACAGCUGCUCCAGCUUCUUUUUCUGAAGGUGGACUGUGCUUCCAAACGGCUACGGUAGAGCAUACUGGAGAUGAGGAGUUUGUCGGGAUACUACCGAGUGAAGAAUUUGAAGUCGCUAUGGCAGAAGCUACGAUGCUCACAGAGACGGACGUUGGGAGGGAGACUUGCCAGGUUGUCACAAGCAGCCUGGUCGAGGGAAUCAAGGGCCCACCUCCAUUGGCUCAACAGCAGCCGAAGCCUCCGACCGAUGACUUUUACCAGACUUCCGUUGGAAGAUUCCGGUUUUCAAUAGAUCAACUCCCUCCUCAGCUGAAGAUGAUUCAUGCUCUUCUGAAGAAUUUGGAAUACGCUGAAGAUCCAGACGUAGAAAAUUUCAUCAUGAAUACAUUGAAGUUUCUUUGUCUUCACUGUGGAUCUUUGAGUAACGCUAGAAGAGAGUAUCGUGGUUUCCUUAUUUGGAUCCAGGAAAGUAUGAUGGUUCCUAAGCUUUGGGCAAGACUACGGCCUGAUUUUGUGCAAGUUGGAGAGCUAGCUUCCCUGCUCCUUCUUCACUGCAUCUCGUUCCCUUCCGGAGAAGAGGCGUUCUGGCGUGUAGUUCAUAGAGAUUUUGCUUGCUCCGAUUGGAAAACCCGCUUCGAUUCAGUUGGCAAAGCGUAUGUGAUGGCACAUGUGAUUAAAUUUGCACCAGUGAAGGCAAAUAAGGUUGUUCAAACCGCUCUCUCUGCACUGUUUUACCACUUCGUCACAUCUCUUCACGAUCCCAAUCCUACGGUAGCUCAAAGAGCGAUUAUUGCCUUAAGAGCGCUACCAACUCAAACAUUGAAGAUGAUGUGCUUCUGCUUCGAAUCGCAAUUCGACUCCUGUAUAAUGGAUCGUCCGAUCAUCAUUAAUGCCAUUCGCGUGCUCACCACACAGAUUCCGGAUGAAACCAUGCUCACAUUUGACUUUUUUAUCCAGAGAUUCGAGACACUUGUUCUGGAAAGUCAAUUGAGCAGUCAAAGUGAAGAAACCAUGUUUGUGCAAGAUCUCAUGCACUCGGAUCCAAUGAGCGAAAUUUACCAAAGAAAAGUUAACAAAGCCAAAAAGGCUAUCGAAGAUGCAACCACAGCUAAGUCGAUCGUGAAAUAUCUUCGCGAAUAUAAUGCGCUGAAACAUCAGUUAUCCUACCAACCAACGGAACCUCCAGCUUUGUGCUUAUCGCGGCUGCUGCCUCGCUGGAGGAGACGUGGGCGUCUCUCGGAAGCGGCACUGUCAUGUCGCGUCAAGAUCCUACGAGUCGUAACGAUGGUGAAGGUCGUGAAUCGCUGGCGCCAAUUGGCGGCUGACAUCACCGUUGGCGCUGCAUCGCUUGUCUCCCUCAUAGCUACUUCUGCGCCACGUAUUUCUGAUUCUUUGCUUGCAGCAGAUUCGGAUACGCUGUCUCCUUCGGUCACUUCGCCAACCUAUUCUGCCGGUCCAUAUGGUCGUCUACGAGAAUUCACCGACGAAGAAAGCAACCUUUGUCUCCUGUUUAAUCGAGUCGUCGACAUGGAGAAUCCUGAGAGACACACUGUCUAUCUCGUGAUUUCUCUAUUCGUUUCAUUCCUCAGCAACAAGAACUCAACCCCAACCGAUGAGAAAGCGAAUGCCAAGAAGCAGUCGCUGCUUUUUCGUCAUUUUAACACUCUCCUGGGAUUCAGUAACACUGAGAAAUGUUUCACAAUUCCGCCGGCGAGAUUGAGGAAGUCGGUAGUCUGCAAUGCGUUCCUGAGUGGAUUGCCUGAGAUUCUGGAUUGUAACUUGUGUAUAGGAAAUCAACUUCUCCCUACUGUUGUGCAGCUUCUACUUCAUCUACCAUCACCGCAAAAAUUAGCAAGCGAUCAGCACCAGAGCAACUAUUCGCUGAAGCUUCUUUCACAACAUUCCCGACAUCUUUGGCUAAAUUCCUUGAUCCUCAUUCUUUACAAGUACCGUUUCGACCAAGUCCCUAUAAGUGACGGUGUAAUGCGUCUAAUCAGCAUUGUUGCGAAGACAUUAGAGGCUCAAGCUCAUGUCUGUUGCGAAACUGACCAGCCAACUGAUAUUGCAACUUGGGACGACGUUAGCGACGAAGAGUCAGACUCACCGAAAGGCAUGAUUCGCCCCGAGAGCCUUACUGUAACUACUAUUCAGGAACACGAAGGAGAAGUUACUUUACAUCCAACCAUUGUUGAGCCACGUCCACUUCGUAAACGCAGCGAAGCCGUGAGACGCAAGGAACCUCGGAAACAGCGGAAACGUGUCGUGCACGUUGAGCUUCGCUGUGACCAUUGCAACGAAUGUUUGACUUCUUUUGAUGAGGAAACAAUCUCGUUGUGUCUUAUUGCUGUGGAGACGUUCUUGCACAGAGAGCCAGUGAUGGCUGCGCCGAUCCUUUUCUCUUUGCUGCACACAGUUACUCGCCUAAUCGACCAUCCUAUAUACCCAUGGCACGACUCCGAGAUGUUCGUUCCGGGUAACUGUCGUAGCGUCGCGAAACAAAUGCUACGAGUAACACUUCAUCAGCUAUCUUCUUCUGGGAUAUGCCUUCAACUGUUCGACACGCCUCUGUCACGAACGGAUUCUUUUUGGAAGGUGGUAUCGCUUUCGCUCGCAGAUUUCCAAGAGCUCUCACCUGUAUAUUUCAUUCAGCUACUGUUUGAGGAUCUUGCCGAGAACUGGCUCAGUCAGCUCACAACAACAAUGAGGAAUCUUGCCGCAUACGUUGUUGAAGUCCCGUGCGAUGCAUAUAUCAACCAUUGGAGUACUGCAAUAACCCAUAUGGAGUCGUUCUUUAGAAGAUACUAUACUCAGAUUUCGUUGGAAGGUGCAACGAAGCCAAGCCGAUCAGAAGUGGAAAGUGCUAUUGUGGUCAUGAGUCACGUGUUAAAAGUGCAGAACUUCAGCGCUUUCAAGUCGGCUGUUUCUUUGGUCGACUCAUUCUGCAAAUGGUUGGCUGAAGCUCUGCACGAGUGUCCGGUAAAGCUGGAAAGCCUACUCACGGUAUGCACAGCGUGCAACCGAGCUUUGAUUAGGGAAAGAGACAAACAGAGCAUUUCACGAGCAGUAGUCGCGGAAAUGAUACAAGCAAUCAAGUUUAAGUGCCCAUUACAUGAAACGAACUUUAUGACGAUAGCGCAUCUGAUUCUGCAGGAUGCUGGUGAAGAUAUCGAAAUGAAUUUGCCUGAUGAUCAAUUCAACACGGCCGCCUCCGAAGCUGUUCGACCGUUUCUCUUCGAAAUAUUAGACUUCAUUGCUGACUUGCACGUGCUAGCAAAGCUAAAGAAAGAGACAAGUUCCGAUUCAGUUGGUGGAGAUUUGAAGGUUAAGUUAGCUGAGGCAAUAGCGGUAGAGAUGAGUCGGUCGAAUGCUCGUGAUUGUCGGACUGUCAUUCGAUUCAUUCCAUGGCUUAUGAGUCCACCAAGUGUUACACAGGCUGCCCCUGGUGCAUUCGCUGAUUCGGUUACAAACGUCCGGGUUCUCUCUUGGUUACUUCUCGGUGCCCUUCAUGCUAAUCACGGAUGUUUGCCUGUUCCAAUCGAGUGCAGUCAGCACAUGGCUGACUAUAUACACUUCGUUCUGGCUGGAUUUGCUGAUCAAUCAAAACAAUCAGUGGUUCACAUGUCCGCUUUGUUUCAUGCAUUCCAUCUUUGUCAACUGUGGACGGUUUACUGUGAACGGGCAGCGGUUUUUAGUUCCACAACAGCUUUCGCACAUCUCUUAGAUUUUUGGGCAAGGGUAACACCAGCCAUCCUGCAGCUCUUAAAUCACUCCAAAGUGCUUGCGGACAUGGUGAAUCUUCACUUCUUGAACACCAUUCAAGCUCUGCAGCAGGUGAACUCCGCCCUCCUAUGUCAGCUUUAUCCUAUGUGGGCGCCGAUUCUUACUGCUUACCACAGCCAAAUUCCUAAUCAGCUAAGGAUCAAACUCGACUCAUGUGAGAACCAGCCGUCGUUAUCGCCACCACCCCUUUCCGACUGGUUGAAGAAGGUCCGCUACAAAAUCUCGCAAGUCGAACUGCAGACUUCAGCUGCGUCACCGUACUACAACGUAGAGAAUACGCCGAGCUUUCAAGACAAAACUUUUCACACUUUACUAUUACACUAUUACAACGUGUAG